UUGUACAAAUUCCUUCCUUCGUUGCUUGUUGUCUUCUUACUUUGUUUUUGAAAGAAACCAAGCCAGUUUGCUCAGGUUUCAAAGGGUUAAAAUGUUAUUUGAAUGUAUACGUACAGGCUGUAGAGGGACUGAAAACAUAUGUUAUUACUGCAGCCUGUCAGAGUGUGCAGGGAAAGAGGCUGGAAAACAACAAAAGAAGGGACUGAUUAAUAGGCACUGGUCAUCAACUAAUGCCUGGUUCACACUACACGACUUUUCUGCCCGUUCUGAAAGUCACUAUGUCACAUUACACGAUGGCGAAGUCAUAAAAUCGUGCCGUGACUUGGCCGACAGACAUGACACACUGCACCAUGGUCCACACCAGUCAUCACUGACCGUCUUUCCCGACGUGUGUGAUGUCAUCAGGCUGUCACAUGAUCCAGGAGAGCGAGGAGAUGGUGAGGAGGAGGGAGGUGGGCUGUCAGUGGGAGAGUCCACAGGAGGAGAGGAGGGAGGUGGGCUGUCAGAGUGACUCAGCAGAGAGAAGAGACGCUGCCGUCCAGGUGGACCUGCUGACUCAGCAGCUCAGCUGGAGACACACAGGUGUGUGCGGUGCGGCGUGGCGCUGUGUUUCUGUCCGGGCAGAUGAACCAGGAGGGGGCGCUCUGCUGCAGCACUGCAGCACAGACGGGACACACACGCUGGACACAGGGCAACAGCACACACACCACAGCCCCCCACUCUACCUGCUCUGCUGCCCACUCACACACUCAUCACCACUACCCACGAUGCCUCAGCUCGGACCACCUGCGCCUCCUGAUCUGCAUCGUUCCAAGGAGCUCACCACGUUACCCAGCAUGCCUCUGUGUGGAGUGUCCCCCACUGCAGGAGAGAGGAGUGAUGCUUCUCCUCUGACUGCUGCAGGAGUCUCUGUUCCUCCUCCUGGACUCAUUGCUCCUCUGAGCCCCCGCCUGGCCGAAGAGGAGGAGGAGGAAGGCUCGCUGUUUCAACAUGAGGAGGAUGAGAGUUUCCACGGUAACAGACAGCCCACAAUGAUGACAGAGAAGAAGAGGAGGAGGCAGAGAAGGAAGAUGGUCGGUCCACCAAUCAGAUACCUCCUGGAGUCAGAGGAGCAGUCACAUGUUCUGCUAACAGCCAAUCAGGACAGAGCGAGGGGACCAAAGAAAAGAGGAAGACCAAAAAAGGCUGACAGCAAGACUGGGGGCGGGGCUUCAGAGGUGACUGAGAGACAGACAGGUGAUAGGGACACGGAGAGACAGACAGGUGAUAGGGACACAGAGAGACAGACAGGUGACAUGGACACGGAGAGACAGAUAGGUGACAUGGACACGGAGAGACAGACAGGUGACAGGGACACAGAGAGACAGACAGGUGACAGGGACACGGCUCCUGAUUGGUCCAAACGCAGCACGGAGGGGCGCAGAGUCCAUCGUCUGACGUCACUUCACCCACAGGAACGACACUCCGCCAAGUGA